AUGUCCGGCUACAAUAGCAAUGGCGGCUGGGCCUUCCAGGGUCAAGACGACAAGGACCGCAACCUGCAGCCGCGCACCGCUGCUUACGACUUCAUCCCAAACAACUCCUACUACUCCGGCCCAGCAGCUCCCUUGGACGGCAACUCGCGACUCAACCCCAACCCAGGCCCCUACAUCCCACCACAGCGCCGUCAGCAGAUGGAUCCGAUCGUGCGGCCAGAGUCGAGCAUCUCGAACAUCUCCUUCGCGACUCAGCUUCCCAACGCCCCUUUCACUCCGUUCCAGCAGUCACUGCGUACUGCGACAGGUGCUGGCCCCGGCUAUGGUCAGAACUGGAGCUACAACGGCUCGUACAACGGCGGUAGCACGAUUCCUAGCCUUGGAGCUGGACUCAGCAACGUGCGCAUGAGCGGCGGCGACAUUGGCGGUUACCGCUCUCUUCCUUCUGUCAACGAAGGCAGUGAGAGAGGAAGCCGUAGCGGCACCGAGAAGGGCGAGCAGCCAGCGCGCAACGACUCUUUCGCGCUCGCUGUCAAUGCCAACAUCGAACCGCGUCGUCUUGUCAAUCUGAUCAUGAGCGGCGCGACCGAAGACCCAUAUGAUCGCACGCUGAACCGUUACGACCACUCUGACCGCAUGCCCGCCCCAAGCCUCGGUCCUGCGCGAUUCCAGGACACCAAGAUGUUCAGCACUGCUGACACGAGCUCGCCUGACACCUCUCUGGCCCACAGCACGCAGCCUCAGACUUCCUGGCUGCUCACGCCAAAGCCUGUCCCAGACUGGCUUGACUUGGCCAUACGUGGUGAGUGCAAGCCAAACUUGGACGAGGCCUAUGAGGCUCUGCCAUUGCUCGAGCUUGGUCGUCAGAUCGCUCCAAGCAAGGCCGGAGUGAUCCGCAUCAAGGACAUCCCCUAUGCCACCACUCGGCAGGAGAUGACCGCCUUCGUUGGCCGAAACGCUCAGAUCCUUCGCCAGCCACAAGGCUCACCGGUAAGUCAUUCGAACUCGGCCCAAAUUUAUCCAUCGAGGUGCUAACACCUUCCAGUAUCAUGCGGUCCACAUCAUGAUGGAGCGCGAGACCGGUAAGACGAUGGACUGCUUCAUCGAGUUUGCCAGCCCCAACGAGGCUGCAUACGUCGCCCGCCAGUUCGCUCGCCGAGUCGAAGCCGGUCGUCCGCCAAAGGUGGGCGAUCGUGAGGUUGAGGUCGUCUACUCGUCUCAGGACGAAUUGCUGUCUGAGCUCUUUCCGCGCGCUAAGCACACGCGGUUCUCUGGCGGCCAGCCUGUGAUCGACAAGGCCCCUCGCAAGUACUACGCCGACGUUGAUGCCGACGGCUUCAAGUGCUUCGUUCACCCCGAGGAGUGCAUCAUGCUCAUCAAGUUCGCCAACAUGUCAGAUCGGGUAUGUGACUCCUUGAACAGUCAACUUACACCAUACUAACCAAUUACAGGCCCCGUUCGCUUCCAAGAGCCCGUGCCGAGUCUAUGAGCACUGGAUCACGACACUGGUGAAGUUCCCAUGGUACGCCCUUGACUACAUCACUAUCAAGGAGCGCCGUCGCAUGUUCGAUUGCACGGUGGAGCUCCUCCGCAUCCUAGUUGAGCACCUCCGUCGGUCUAAUGGCCGCUACAGCCCCCUCGAGCCAACUCCCGCCAUCCUUCAGGAGCUCGUUGUUGCGGCUCUGACCUGCCCCGGCUUCAGCGAGAAGCAGAAGCACAGCAUCGUCUUCCAGAUGAGUCAGCACGGCUACAAGAGCAUGGCGGAUGGCCACAGCGUCAACGUCCGCCUCGGUGGCCACCAUGAGCUCUGCAGCACUUGGCCUUUCGCUUCCUUGGGCGUCAUUCCAGGCACUGACCGGAACCUGCUCCUCGUACGUUACACCUCUCCCUUCUUACUGUCGUAUCUUCAAAGCUGACUCAGAUCUCGUUCAGUUCUUCGCAGGCCUCUUCCGCAAGGCCACUGCCACUUCGCCCGAGAAAUCUGGCAGUCUCGCUUCCCGCAUGACCUCCCAGAAUGCCGGCAUCGACAAGCCCAUGGGCAACCUCAAGAUCAAGUACCCCGGCAACUCCGACGAGAUGUCCCUCUCCGACGUUGCCAAGCUCGAGUAUGGCUACGUUGAGAACAUGCUCAAGGCCGUCCUGCCUCUCCCACCUGCUCCAACGGGCAGUGGCAGCGGCAGUGGCAGCGGUAGCGGCGGCCAUGGCAGCAGCUUCGACUUUGGUGGCGCCGGUGGUUACGGCAGCGGUCCCGGCAGCAACGCGAGCACUGCGCGCUCUGCCCGCUCCGGCCGCACCCUCAACUGA